UCGAAAAGAAAGAUUUCUUGUACUUUCACUUUUCCAGUCGCAAAGUUUUUCACAACCAAGUCUUUCCGUGAGUUUUUCCGCCUUGGGUCAAUUUACACAAUUAAAUAUAAAUGGGGAAAGAACAAUGAAUGUACUGCGAGUUUUUUUGCAAGUGAUUUGCGUGAAAAUUUUGUGAUAUUGACGAAGAAAUCAUUGUGAGAGUUUCAGGGUCAUCAUGGUCAUCAUGCUCUUAGUUUAGUAAUUGGGGUGGAAAAGUCAAUUGAUAAAUUUAUGCUUUUCCUCUUUAUUAUCUCAAUUAAAUGAUGAAUUAUCUUUUGGUGAUUUUUUCCUUUGUACUUCUCCAUGUUAUUGGAGGAGAGUACAUUCCACCCGGACCCAAAUAUACCUGUCCCAAGAAUGAUAAAGUCUUGUAUCCCUGCAACUGUACACGAGGGACAGAUGAAGGGCUAUUUGUAACCUGUGAGAAUACUAAUCUAGCCAGCCUCUCAUUAAGUUUACAAAAUUUAGCUAUCCUGGAGAGUCCUGUUGAGGUACUUUUGAUCAGAAAAUGCAGCUUCCGACAUUUGUACGGAACACUAUUUUAUAAGGCUCGUGUACGAAUUUUGAAGAUAGAAGACACCCCUCUUGAAUAUAUCGAUGAAGGAUCAUUUUUUGGCAUAAAUGAAACGCUUCAGGAGCUCUAUAUUGAAAAUACAUUCCUAAAAGAAUUCCCCAAAGAAGCCCUAAACCCUUUGGGACUGCUUACAAUCCUCAAGAUUGACGGUAGUAGAAUUGAGACUCUAGAUACGGAUAUAUUUGCCAAUAGUUCAGCUGUUGGAGUUAUUGAGAGACUCACUUUGAGCAAUGGACAGCUAAAAGAACUUCAACCACAGUCAUUUCAGACGAUGCGUAAAUUAAAAUUCUUGGAUUUGCACGGAAACAAUUUAACAAGUUUGAAGAAGAGUCAAUUUAAGAAUUUAAGAGACGUUGAAGUUCUCGACUUGAGUCACAAUCAAAUUGCUAAACUCGAUGCUUCUCACAUUUCGGAUCUUACCAAAUUGGGUUGGUGCAAUGUAUCUCAUAAUGUUCUUAAAGAGUUGACGAGAGGAACAUUUGCCAGGAAUUCUGUGCUGAAAGUCCUAAACAUGGCUCACAAUAAAAUUACUCGUUUGGAUGCAAAUAGUUUUAGAGGAAUGAGAUUUCUCAGGCGGCUUUACUUGAACGAUAAUUCUAUUAGCGACAUUGGCAGAGCUGUAUUUGCAUCAGUCGCUAGAAUUGGGACCAUUGAUCUAGCUAGAAAUAAUAUAAAGAAAAUAGAUUUCCAAAUGUUUUCAGAGCUCAAUUAUGCAGAAAUAAUUGACGUGUCAGGAAAUAAUAUAACAGAAAUCCUAAAGGGAUCUUUCAAGGAUCUCUACUUAACUAACAUCAACAUCUCUCACAAUUAUGUGACGAAGAUCGAAGCAAAUGCCUUUAUAAAUUGUGCCAACAUUACCGUCUUGGAUAUGUCGCAUAAUGAAAUCACGCAUUUCCCCGGCGAUGCUUUUGAUACAACAACCUAUGCUACAGUUUUUCAACUUUCCUACAACCAACUCACAGAUUUAUCAAAGGUUCCACUGAAGAAUAUGACGGGACUAAAGGUUCUCAAUGUAUCUCACAAUGCCAUUGAAACUAUUCCCAAAAACACAUUUCCAAAGCUCUAUGAACUCCAUACAAUAGAUGCUUCUUUCAACAAUAUCAGCGACAUUUUUAAUGGUGUCUUCCAGACACUUUUUUCACUGAGAUUCCUUAAUCUCAGUCACAAUUCAUUGGAAACACUGAAAUCAUCAACUUUUGGUCCUCUAUCGACUCUCCUUGAAAUGGAUUUAAGUGACAAUAUCCUGAGUAAUAUUGCAAGGAGUUCUUUUACGAAGUUAUCGAGUCUCCAAUUGCUGAACUUGGAGAACAACAAGCUGGAGAAGCUCUUCCAAAUCCCCAUAUCGUGUAGUCAGCUUAACCUGAGACGUAAUCAAUUGACUGAAAUUCCUGAGAGAACGUGGCCUACCAUGAAUGCCUUACUCUUGCUGGAUCUCUCGCAUAAUCGCUUAGAAAAUAAUCUCAAUGGUGGCAGUUUCAAUGGACUUUUAACCCUUCAAACACUCAUCUUGUCCUCAAAUGGAAUCACAGAGGUCCCUUGGGAAAGUUUUGUACCUCUAUCUACUCUACAAUAUUUACAUUUAGAGAACAACAAUUUGACAAAAUUGGCCAAAGGAGCAUUUGGGAAACUUCCCGUUGUCUUUGAGCUGAAUCUGUUCAAUAAUCAAAUUUCCGACAUCAGCAAAAAAGCUUUUGAUGGACUAUUGGCUCUUCUUACGCUCAAUCUAUCAACUAAUUCUCUUGAAACAAUUCCCAAUGAUGCCUUUGCGAGCUUAGUUGCUCUCAGAACGCUUGAUUUAUCUCACAAUAAACUCGAAAAACUCGACAAUAAAACCAAUAGUAUCAUCGAAGAUUGUCUCAGUCUCAUUGAAAUUGAUCUCAGUUUUAAUAGGAUUAGCUUUGUGACAAAGAAAACCUUCCCAUCUGAUCCGUAUGUGCCCUAUCGGUUGGCAAAAAUAAACCUCAGUCACAACAAAUUGCCACUGAUAACAAAAGAUAUAACAUUUGGGACGAAAAAGGUCACGCAUUUGAACAUCUCGCACAAUGCAAUAAGUAGUUUUCUGCCAGGUGCUCUUGGAAAUUUGACCUCCUUGGAAGUACUUGAUGUGAGUUAUAAUAAAAUUUGGGACCUCAGUGAGGCAAAUGUAUUCAAUUUACCAGAGAAUCUCACGGAACUCUACGUCUCAGCUAAUAAUUUAGCAGAAAUCCCAAUGAAAGAAAUAGUAAAUGCGUCUCAUCUGAAGAUACUCGAUGUGAAAUUCAACAAAUUAACUUCAUUGGAUCAAAAAUUGCUAAAUAAAAUAAUGAUUGAGGGUCUUCAGGUCAAUCUAGAAGGAAAUAAUUUUCAAUGCGACUGCCGUAUGAGACCCUUCAAGCAUUACUUUGAAUCCUUUACACGAAUCCCGGAGAAUUACAAAAACUUUAUUUGCUACUCACCGAUGCAUAUUGAAAAUCAGCCUCUCGCCGAUGUGACGGAUGUUCAACUAAAUUGCCCUGAAGAUCCAUUUUCUGAGGAUUACAGUGCUCUCCCUGACCUCCAAUUUAGAGAAAUAUCUUUCUUCAGAGGAAAUUUACUGGUGAGAUGGUUCGUCACAGCCCAGCGCGACAUUGCGGAUUUUUAUGUGCUAAUUCGCGACGAAGCUAAUGCUAUUCUCUUCGAGCGUCAUACAUCGUACGACACGAGAAUGGUGACAAUAGCCAAGGAGGAGAUAUUUGGCACAAAUGGACCUCAAAAAGCCGUUCAAAUAUGUGUAAUGGCCAAAUUGAGUACGGGAAACAUUGAGAGGUGGUUUGAGUCGCAAUGCAAAAAUCUUCCUGAAAAUUUUUCCCACGAAACAUCCCACUAUAAGACCGUUCUCUUCUCAACUGAGCCACACUCCAGACGCAAACUACUACUAACAUCAGCAAUAAGCAGCAGUUCCCGGAUCCACGGGAAGAUUAUUCCAAAAUACUCAAUUAUUUUAGCAUUGAUAAGCCUUUACUUUAUAUAGUAUUUAUACGAUUUUUACUUUUUGUACUUAAGCAAUUUGAUACCGUCCAUUGUUUAUACAAUUUUUUAAUGUAUUUUUUACGAAAGCGGAACAGAAUGAAAGCAUGAAUGUUUUGGAGAUUAUACAUAAUAAAAAAUGCAAUAU